UCUUCUGCCAAUAACAAGAAAGAGAGGGGUCUAAGUGGAGCAGUAGUUUCCAUAUAAUACAUGUUUCCAACUAAAAAGAGACGUAGCAGAUCAUUUUUAAAUUUCUGGAAGCAAGGUUCUAGAAAGUACAGUGCUUUAACGGCCUAUUUAGAGACUCUUAGGGUUAGCAAAUAGACUGCCUGUUUGAAAUUAUAAUUUCUUUUUUUCAUGUUUCCAACAGGUUUAUCUUCCCCUAAUCCCCUUCCGCCAACUCAGGAGGCUAGAACAGCAGCUUCUGAUGCAAUAGCCAUUCUUCCUCGUCGCCCUCGGACUGUUCCACUUCUCAUCACAUCAAAAAGAAGUUGAGAUUCGAGGACUCGGUAGAUUUCAUUGGACUGGAUGUGAAAAUGGCUGAGGAGUCUGCAUCAUGUUCAAACAAGACUAAAAACGCACUUCUGGCUGGUGGUAUCGGGCAUCAUGCAAAUGGACUGACGAAGACCACCGGUUCUACUACCUUUUCCAACAGCAAACCUGGAGCCGCCAAGAAAUUAGUUAUCAAGAAUUUCAAAGAAAAACCAAAAUUGCCAGAAAACUACACGGAUGAAACCUGGCAGAAACUAAAGGAGGCUGUGGAGGCUAUUCAGAACAGCACUUCUAUCAAGUACAAUCUUGAAGAGCUCUACCAGGCAGUUGAGAAUCUCUGUUCCCAUAAAAUAUCUGCAAAGCUCUAUAAGCAGCUACGGAUGGUGUGUGAAGACCACAUAAAAGCACAAAUUCAUCAGUUCAGGGAGGAUGCUCUGGACAGUGUUCUGUUCCUGAAGAAGAUAGACAAGUGUUGGCAAGAUCACUGCAGACAAAUGAUCAUGAUUAGAAGUAUUUUUUUGUUUCUGGAUCGAACAUACGUUUUGCAAAACUCAAUGCUGCCAUCAAUUUGGGACAUGGGGCUGGAGUUGUUCAGGUUCUACAUAAUCAGUGACCAAAAGGUCCAGUGCAAGACAAUCGAUGGCAUCCUGCUGCUGAUCGAGAGGGAGCGAAGUGGGGAGGCCAUUGACCGAAGUCUUCUGCGCAGUCUGCUGAGCAUGCUCUCCGAUCUACAGAUUUAUCAGGACUCGUUCGAGCAGCGCUUCUUGGAGGAGACGAACCGCCUGUACGCUGCAGAGGGACAGAGGCUGAUGCAGGAGAGAGAGGUUCCUGAGUACCUCCAUCAUGUUAAUAAACGUUUGGAAGAAGAAGCAGAUCGAGUCAUCACAUACUUGGACCAGAGCACGCAAAAACCUCUCAUUGCUACUGUGGAAAAGCAACUGCUUGGUGAACAUCUGACUGCGACGCUCCAGAAAGGUUUAAAUCAUCUGCUGGACGGUAACCGUAUCCAGGACCUCUCUCUGCUGUACCAGCUCUUCAGCAGGGUCCGGGGGGGUGUGCAGGCACUCCUACAGCACUGGAUUGAGUACAUCAAGGCCUUUGGAAGCACAAUAGUCAUCAAUCCUGAAAAGGAUAAAACCAUGGUGCAAGAGCUGCUGGACUUCAAAGACAAGGUGGAUCACAUCAUCGACAUCUGUUUCCUCAAGAACGAGAAGUUUGUCAACGCCAUGAAGGAGGCGUUUGAAACUUUCAUCAACAAAAGGCCAAAUAAACCUGCCGAGCUCAUUGCUAAAUACGUGGAUUCAAAGCUGAGGGCGGGAAACAAGGAGGCAACCGACGAGGAGCUGGAGAAGAUGUUGGACAAAAUCAUGAUCAUUUUCAGAUUCAUUUAUGGCAAAGAUGUUUUUGAGGCCUUUUACAAGAAGGACCUGGCCAAGAGGCUGCUUGUUGGAAAGAGCGCUUCUGUCGAUGCGGAGAAGUCCAUGUUGUCCAAGCUGAAACACGAAUGCGGGGCAGCCUUCACCAGCAAACUGGAAGGCAUGUUCAAGGACAUGGAGCUUUCUAAGGACAUCAUGGUUCAGUUUAAACAGUAUAUGCAAUGUCAGAACAUCCCUGGUAACAUUGAGCUGACCGUUAAUAUCCUCACUAUGGGUUACUGGCCAACCUACGUGCCUAUGGAAGUUCAUUUGCCUCCAGAGAUGGUGAAACUGCAAGAGAUUUUCAAAACAUUUUAUCUAGGAAAGCACAGUGGCAGGAAGCUCCAGUGGCAAUCAACGUUAGGACACUGUGUGUUAAAAGCUGAGUUCAAGGAGGGAAAAAAGGAGCUUCAAGUUUCACUGUUUCAGACACUUGUGCUACUCAUGUUUAAUGAAGGAGAGGAAUUCAGCUUGGAGGACAUUAAACUGGCUACCGGAAUAGAGGACGGCGAGCUUCGACGGACCCUGCAGUCGUUGGCCUGUGGGAAAGCUCGGGUCCUCUCCAAAACGCCCAAGAGCAAGGACGUGGAGGACGGGGACAAGUUCUCCUGCAACGACGACUUCAAGCACAAGCUCUUCCGGAUAAAAAUAAACCAGAUCCAGAUGAAGGAAACGGUGGAAGAACAAGCCAGCACGACGGAACGAGUCUUCCAGGACCGACAGUACCAGAUUGAUGCAGCCAUUGUCCGAAUCAUGAAAAUGAGAAAGACACUUAGCCAUAAUCUCCUGGUGUCGGAGGUGUAUAACCAGCUGAAAUUCCCUGUCAAGCCUGCUGAUCUGAAGAAGAGAAUAGAGUCACUUAUCGACAGGGACUACAUGGAGCGUGAUAAGGAGAACCCCAAUCAGUAUAACUAUGUGGCUUAGACAUAGAACGGGGCUGUGCUUCUCCCAAGUACCCGGUCUCUUAUCCCAAGCUCCAGUGGAUGUCAGCAUUAUAGUGUCUAACCCAGCGACUGGCAACUGAAUGGAUGUGGCUCCCACAGAAUGAGACUUUUUUGGGGAAG